AUGGACACCCUUGAUUUAAGUCGUUCGGGGAAUGUUGAAGUACCAAAUGUUUUCAAAGAGAUGCUACGUUUAAAACACUUGUCUCUUCCCGAUUAUGAGAAGGAAAAUAUUGGAAGUUAUCGAUUAACAUUGGAUGAGGGAGUGAUUGAGUUGGAAAGCCUAUGGCAGUUGGAUAGUAGAGUGCAUGAAUUAAAAUGUAUGAACAAAAUGAAGGAUCUUCGGCGUUUUGGAGCACGCAUGCACGACAAUGAAAGCUUGUCAGCCAUGAUCGACGCCAUUGCUAUCAUGGACAAGUUAGUGUUUUGUAGUGUUGAAAUCAAAGAGGGUUGUGAGUUAGGAACAAAUGAGGGAGUGUUGAAGAAGGUAUUCACAUGUCCCAAUCUUCAUUUCUUGUCGAUUAAAGUCAACUUAGGGAAGGCGUUGGUGGAGUGUGGGCGUGACUUCAUGAGCUCAAACCUCAGGAGAUUGUUAUUGUCUGAAUGUGAGAUUGAGGACGAUCCAAUGGAGAUACUGGGGAAGCUUCCUUGCUUGGUAGAAUUGUUUUUAUUCCGAAAAUCAUUUGUCGGGGAGGAGAUGACAUGUCCAUCAAACAGUUUUCCUCGCCUCAUGAAGCUUGUGCUAUAUCAAUUACCAAUGUUGAGGGAGUGGAAAGUGGAGACAAGAGCCAUGCCUCUUCUCUCCCAAUUACAGAUCAUUGAGUGUUCUAGGCUGAAGAUGAUUCCAGAUGGAUUAUUACACAUCAUUGAGUGUUCUAGUCUGAAGAUGAUUCCAGAUGGAUUGAGUGGCAUUUCUACUCUUCGGGAAUUGAUACUUUAUGGAAUGCCAGAAUUGGCAAAAAGAGUAUCGGCAUCAGGAGAAGAUUUCCACAAAGUCAGCCAUGUCCCUUCAAUUAUCAUCAAAAACUAA